AUGGAUGGUUAUAGUAAAAUAGAAGAUAUUGAAGAUAAUAGAAAUAUUAAUUAUAAGAAAGGAUUUAAAACUAAAACAAAAGGUAUAAUAAAUAAUCAACAAUACGACAAUAUAAAUGAUAUUAAAAAUAAAGUCAGACGCUUAAAUAUUAAAAAACAAAGAAUUAUAGAGAAGAAAUUGGCUAAAAGUUCUAGAAGAAGGGAGAAUCAUAAAAAGGAAAUGAAUGGUGAAAUUAUUGAAAAAGGUAUACCAAGAACUAUUGAAAAUACCCGUGAAAUUGAUGAAACAUAUUUAAAAGAUGCAAUAAAUGAUCAAGAAUUAUAUAAAGAAAUGGAAAAUGAUGAAUUUUCAGAUUAUUUUUUAAAGAAAAGAUCUCCUCAUUUAUUAAUUACUACUUGUAGAAAACCAAGUAAACAUAUGUAUAAUUUUUUAAAAGAAUUUGUUGCAAUAAUACCAAAUUGUGAUUUUUAUAAACGAUAUAACUUUAAAAUAAAGUCAAUAAUUAAGGAAAUAAAUAGUAAUAAAGAUAAUACAUAUACAGAUCUUUUAAUAUUUAUAGAACAUCCAGUAAAAAAACAACCUUGGGGUUUAUAUAUAUGUCAUUUACCAAAUGGACCAACUAGUUAUUUUAGAAUGAGAUCUCUUAAAUUAGCUCAAGAUAUGAAAGGUACUGCAGUAUCAACUACACAUAAUCCAGAGAUUAUAUUAAAUAAUUUUGAUACAAGGAUGGGAUAUAGAAUAGGAAGGCAAUUAGCAUCUUUAUUUCCAUUUAAUCCAGAUUUUAAUGGUAGAAGAGUUAUUACUUUUCAUAAUCAGAGGGAUUUUAUAUUUUUUAGACAUUAUAGAUAUAUAUUUAAACAGAAAGAUAAUAAAGUAACUAGUACAGGUUUACAAGAAAUAGGUCCAAGAUUUACAUUAAAAUUAAUGUGGUUACAGGAAGGUACUUUUAAUACUAAACAAGGGAAUUUUGAAUAUAUAUGGAGACCAGAUUUACAGGUUAAUCGUAAAAUUUUCUUUAUAUAA